AAAUCAUUUCAUACGUACGCGAACAUAAAACAAUUUGCGUCCGCCCAAAACGACACACAGAAGGCGAACUACAUAUUAAAAACUCUCUCGCUCUCGACACAAAAACUCUGGCAGACAUAUUCUUUUCAUUUUUCUUUUUCUUUUUUUAGUUAGUUCAAAUUGAUUUCAAGUGUGUGAAAUUUGAUUUUAUUGUGAAAAGUGAAAAUACAUUUAAGACAAUUCCAUAAGAAGUAAAAGAGAAAAAAAAUCCACGGGAAAAAAAUUGUUCGAACAUGUAGUGUGAAUGCUCACUAAUCAAUUCGCACAAGGAACAAGGAAAAUUGUGUGAGCAUACAUAUAUAAUACUGUAGAGAAGAAAAAAAAACGACGAGUAAGAAGAAGAAGAAAUUUACAAAGAACGAGUAUCAAAUGGAAAGAUAAACUUCAAUCGGACCACAUUGUUAAAAGGAAAAGAAAAAAAACUAAAUAAAUAACAGAAACGAAUAUGGAUAAUGUUGGAAAUUCAAGUGUUUUGUGUAAAAAUGGUGGCUACGCCGAGAAAGUGAAGUAAAACUUUAGUUUGUACAUUCUUUUCCGACCGAAAAGAAGAGCGAAAAAAAACCUUCAACGUUGAGCUGAAUAUUACAUUAAUUGUGAGCUAAGGAAAAAAAAAUUAGCCACAAACACACCGAAACUUGUAAAGUUCGGUGUGCAGAAGAAACAGCUCUAAACAAUCACAGACCGUGUGCAGAAAACGUAGAGGCGAAAAGAACGGCGACGCAAAAUCAACGAAAGAAUCGUACAAACACAGAAAUAAAGUCCAUUAGACCGAUUUAAACGUAUCGACCUUAUCCAGAGAAAAGAAGAAAAAACAACAAGGAGAAGAUAACAAAAAAACAUAACGUUUGAAUGGAAAGUCAACAAGUCGUACCAUUGUUUCGACGCGAAUCAAUCGAACUGUCAAUGUGCGACCGUUGUAUUGCAAACAUUUGGUGAAAAGAGCCAUCCGAGUGAAUAACAGUGAAUUAACGGGGAAAAAAAGAAAAAAAGAAGCAACGAAAAAUUCCACAUAUAAAGGAAAUAUCAAGCGGGAAAAAAACACGCAGUAGCGGAAAUUGUUUUAGUGUUUAUUGUUUGCAAAACUAAAAGCAGAGAGAGAAAGAGAACCAGAACGGCAACGGUGAUGGCGUCUUAUAUUUACAGUUGGACAAUACGAUAAAAUUUACGGUGUCGGCUUUCGAUGGUUUCUAAGCGUGUGCGUGUGUGUGCCGUUUCUAUAUGUGUGUGGUAUAUUCUAUGUGUGUGAUUUGGUGCCGUUGCAGUUUUGGUCUCGAGCCGAAUUAGAGAUUCGUCGCGAGUUUUCGAUUGUCCCACAAAGAACAACAACAACAACAGAUACCUAAAGAGAUCGAGGGAGAGAAAGAGUGAGUGCGACAGAGAGAGAGAGAGAGAGAGAGAGUGAGAGAAAAGGAUCGAAAUCGAGCAAAACGCCAGCCAGAAUUUAGUCAUUCAGUCAACAAAUUGGAUCUGUAUGUAUACAGAUAACAUACCAUUCGGCAGCACGAAUUUAUACCGCGAUCGCGAAAUGAGUCGACAAACAAGCGGUGCGGCCGCGACCGGUGGUCGGACAGAGGUCAUACUAACAAGUAGCGGAGGCGGUGGUACGAAUACAGCUGGAGCAACAGCAAAGCCUUCAAGUGGAUUGUAUCCAGUGACUAGACAUUCAGUCAACUCAUCCGGAAUGUUGAUGGUUGGACCAAAUUUUCGUGUGGGCAAGAAAAUUGGUUGUGGCAAUUUUGGUGAACUAAGACUAGGCAAAAAUCUCUACAACAAUGAGCACGUAGCAAUAAAAAUGGAGCCAAUGAAGUCAAAGGCUCCACAACUACAUUUAGAGUAUAGAUUUUAUAAAUUAUUAGGAUCACACGCAGAGGGCAUACCGCGUGUAUAUCAUCUAGGCACAUGCGGCGGACGCUACAAUGCAAUGGUAUUAGAACUGUUGGGACCAUCAUUAGAAGAUUUAUUCAAUUUAUGUGGCAGAAAAUUUUCACUGAAGACUGUGAUAAUGAUAGCAAAGCAACUACUUCAUCGGAUUGAAUACGUGCAUAGUCGUCACUUAAUUUAUAGAGAUGUAAAACCGGAAAAUUUUCUCAUCGGUCGAACAUCAACCAGACGUGAUAAAAUUAUUCACAUAAUUGAUUUUGGGUUGGCCAAAGAAUACAUUGAUUUAGAUACUAAUAAGCAUAUACCAUAUCGGGAGCAUAAGUCGUUGACUGGUACAGCACGAUAUAUGUCGAUAAAUACGCAUAUGGGCCGAGAGCAGUCGAGAAGAGACGAUUUAGAAGCGCUCGGGCAUAUGUUUAUGUAUUUUCUAAGAGGUUCACUGCCGUGGCAAGGUCUCAAGGCUGAUACACUUAAGGAACGAUAUCAAAAAAUUGGUGAUACUAAGCGAUCAACGCCGAUUGAGGUUUUGUGCGAGAAUCAUCCCGAGGAAUUUGCAACCUACCUACGCUACGUUAGACGAUUAGAUUUUUUUGAAACACCUGACUACGACUAUUUAAGAAGACUGUUUCAAGAUCUCUUUGAUCGAAAAAAUUAUGUGGAUGAUGGUGAAUUCGAUUGGACUGGACGAACAAUGUCUACACCGGUGGGCUCUAUACAGACUGGACAUGAAGUAGUUGUUUCACCAAACCGUGAUCGCCAUACAACCGCUAAUAAGACAAACGCUAAGGGAGGAGUUGCUGCAUGGCCAGAUGUUCAAAAAUCCGGAGCGACGCUUGGCAAUCUGACACCAGCUGAUCGACAUGGUUCUGUACAGGUUGUGAGCUCAACGAAUGGCGAGCUAAAUACCGACGAUCCAACCGCAGGACAAUCCAAUACUCCGAUAACUCAACAACAAGAGGUGGAUUUGGUCGACGAAUCAAAAAAUUAUUUUUCUAGAUGUUGUUGCUUUUUCAAGCGAAAAAAGAAGAAAUCGACACGUCAAAAAUGACUAGAAGCAGUGCAAUGUAGUCCAGAACGUGAAGCAGUUACGUUAUUACGUGCCACGUCACAUUCAAAUUCGCGGGACAGUGUGGUGAAUCAAAGCCAGGAUUUUGUACAGGCAUCGUCACAACAUACAUUACGUUAUCCAUCCGCGUCCGUAUUGACGACCACACCAACCAAUACACCAACACUUCCGCUGUGAAAACUAAAACAAAAAAAAUCUUAACCGAAAAAAAAACACGUUAAAUAUUGCUGUGGUCCGACCUUUUCCACGCAAAAAGGAAAGCGGCAGUUUUGUUUAAGUGGAGGAAAAAAAAAAUCUAUAAAAAAAAUCCAUGAAAAAAAUUGUCACAAAAAAAGCGAAAAAUUAUGUAUUUAAAAUCAAUUGAACGUCUAAAUAUGAGCGCCACACCACUCAUUCACAAGUGAUUGGCCAAAGAAAAAGAAAAGAAAGAAAAAACACUCUGAGAGGAGAGCGAGCGAUACAAUAGGCUAAAGAACAAUAUUGUACUAUACGGAAAAAAAAACAAAUUAAACAAAUAAAUUAGUUGUAUUGAGAAAACAAAAAGUAUAUGAUAAAACAACUGAAUUUGUUCAAGUUGAGAAAUCCAGGUGGCAAGAUAAAAUGAGAGAGAGAGAGAGAAAAUGGAAUAAAAACAUCAAAUGAAAUCUUUCAACUAAAACGUUACACAUUUAAAUAUAACAUUUAAAAUAAUUGGAUUGCAUGAAGUGAAGAUGGAGACGUGAAAACAAAAGAAGAUGAUGAUGAAAUACAUGAAAAAUAAUUUGUUUUUAUUAUUAUGGAACUAAGUGUUUAUAUCUAUUCUAUAUCUAAUUAUUGAUGUAAAAUUUAUUAAUUAUCAGCCGAUUUAUUAUUAUUCCAAUUGUCAGUUUUGUUUUUACCUCUAUUUCCAUAACCUUUUUUUUUGGUUCGUAAAACCUUUUGAAUAGCAAAAUUAUGAGUGGCAAAAUUCUAAUGCAAAUAAACGAGAAAAAUAACGCUUUUAAAACGAAAUAAGACAAAUUAAAAAUAUAAAAAAGAGCAA